UAUUUUUUUAGUUAAAAACAUUUCCGGAAGCUUUGACUACGCAUGACUCACACAGAAAGCGGUAGACAGUAAACUUAGCAGGCAAGUAACGUUAACGUCAAAGAUUCCACAACAUAAAACAACGAACAAAAUGAAUAAAUCUGCAUCACAGCGUGAAGAGAUCGUGGCACAAAGGGAACAGAUCAUGCCUUUCCUGCACGGCUUCAGGAGGAUCGUGUACGAGUACCAGCCGCUGGUGGAUGCUGUGAUGAGUGUCCUGGGAAUAGAAGGAGAAAACCAGCGCAGGCAAGAUGAUGAAGAAAGCAUCUCUGGGGCUCUUGUGGAGCUGCUGGACAGGGAGUCUCAGUCUCCCGUCUUCAUGGAGGGCAUCAGUUACUCUCUGUUUCGAGUGGCUGAUCUCGGGUUGGUCAGCGCAGCACAGGUGCUUCUGCGUUACGGAGCUGAUCUCAACUUUGAAGACCCUGUAUCGUACUACAACCCCUUACAGAUCGCGGUGUUGAGGAACAAGCCAGACAUGGUGCAGAUGUUGAUAUCUCACGGAGCUGAAAUCGAAAAGAGGGACAGGAUUCAUGAAAGCAGUCCUCUUGAUUUGGCCGGUGAGGAGGUGGAUAAGCUGCAGUGUCUGCGUGUGCUUCUGGAUUUGGGCGCUGAUGUGAAUGCAAAAGACAAGAAUGGAAAAACUGCACUGCUUCAUGCUCUGGCCAGCAGUGAUGGACUCACAGUCAAUAAUGUGGACAAUAUCCAGCUGCUUCUAGAAAGAGGUGCAGAUGUGAACGCCACCACAUAUGAUUGCGAGACCCCCAUGACCUCGCUCACAUUCCUGGUGAAGGAGGCUCUGAACAGCAGCGUGGAGGAUGCGAAGGAGAAAGGGCACUUCUGUACCCGCGUGGCACAUCUUCUGAUCAGCCACGGCGCCGAUCCCAGCUGCUGCUGGAACAUUGCCGACGGGGAAGUGUGGGAACAUUCGCUAACCUACACCAGUCUGGAGAACUUCGACUUGCUGUUUCCCCUGACCGCCCUUCUCCUCCAGCAUGGCGCUUCCUUCAUCUGUUCUCCCCACAGCACCUCCUACUGGACAGGUCAGCAGUUGAUAAUCACACGUCUCGCUGAGGCUCUCCGGGAAGCUUUAGAUGCUGCCGAGGCAGCUGAUGUUUUAGCUAAAGCUGAAGCGCUGUUGGAUCUGGCAAGGAUCUGCUCUCCAGUCGUUCCUCCCCUCUUCCCCCGCUCACAACUGCCCGUGCUGGACCAGGCCUCUACCCAUCAGCCCCUGCUGGAGCUCUACAGCAGACUAGAGGAGCAAGAAAGGUGUCCGCUGCCACUGAGAUGCCUUUGCAGGAGACUCAUCCGCCGCUGUCUGCGGCCCUGGCCCUUUGAGGAGAAGGUGAAAGCCCUGCCACUGCCAGACAGACUGAAGGACUCGCUGCUCCCAGAGAACAGCUGGAGGGACAGAGCCGGCUGGGACAGAUUCAAACCUCGACAUUCUUCACGCUGAGAGACACGCUUUAUGUGUGUGCUUGUAAAUACGGAGCCCUUAAUGACCAGUGCAGUGCACUCAUUAAAACUCACAUAAAAGUGACUCUGUGCCUGCCUCAUUUGAUCAACAUGCAGAAAGAUCAUUUUCCUGGUGAUCUGAGAGUGAGAAAGUAAUAAAAACUAUAUGAAUAAGUGUUAUACAUUUCAUGCAUAGAUGUGACUUGGUGUUUUCUGUGUCAAAAUGACAGUAACUUCAUUUUAUUCUACGUUACCAGGUAUUUUUCUCUCAAUUUUGUAGUUUAUCUGUAUAUCUUCCAGUAUGAAAACUGAUAAUUGUUUACAGUUAAAUCGUUAAUAUCAUGAACAGCUUCUCUGCUGUAUGUGCAUUGAAUUUUUUUUUUUUUUUUUUUUUUGUGUGUGUUUAUAUUUAAGCUGAUUUGGAGUUGCUGAUUGGAACCAAAUUCAUUUCCAUUUUCUUUAUUAUCAUUUAUGUGAUAUUCUGAAUGUGCCUUAAUAAAAGCAACUUUGUUGUUGUAGUAUUAAAGAAAA